UCUAUAUGGCAACACUACACUGUAACACGGUUUCGUUGUAUUGAUCGCUCGACCAAUGGAUAUUGUGGCAAAAUAAAUUCAAUGCAGUCAUUUGACGGCACGAAAGUAGUCGAAAGUCUGAUGUCAAAUCAGUCGACGUGAGUCGUGAAUCAUUGUCAAAAUCAUUGAUAAAGUCAAAAUAGUGCACCAAAUAGUAUAGGAAUUCCUUUAAAAAUGUCUUCAAUGCGUAUGAAGGCAGCCAAAUGUCCAUCGGACGAGUUGGCUAUAACAAACUGUGCACUCAUCAAUCCAGAUGAUUUCAACAGUGAUGUGAAGCACAUAGAAAUUUCAACAGGACCAUCACAGCAUUUUGUCUUCAGUAUUAGGUUUUACAGUGGUGUUGACCGUGGCACUGUGGGAUUCUCUGCCCCACAAAGGAAAUGGGCUACUCUUUCUAUUGGUCAGACUAUUGAUGUUAAGCCAUUUAAGGCACAAAAUGCAGACUGCCUGUGCAAUGUGACCCUGGAAGCAGAUUUCAUGGUGAAGAAGACCACUUCAAUGGAACCAUAUGAUUCUGAACAAAUGGCUCGUGACUUUUUAAUCCAGUUUUCCAAUCAGAUCUUCACUGUUGGCCAGCAGUUGGCUUUUGCAUUCCAAGACAAAAAAGUUUUGUCUCUUAUUGUUAAGAAUUUGGAAGCUGUGGAUGUUCAGGCUUUAGCAGCGGGCGCCAACGCUGUUCCUCGACGUGUCAGAAUGGGCCGACUUCUACCUGAUGGCAACAUCCAAUUCGAUAAAGCUGAAAACUCUUCUCUUAACUUAGUUGGAAAAGCCAAAGGGAAACAGCCACGCCAGUCUAUCAUCAAUCCUGACUGGGACUUCGGCAAGAUGGGUAUCGGUGGUCUGGAUAGAGAGUUCAAUGCAAUCUUCCGACGUGCUUUUGCCUCUCGAGUCUUCCCACCUGAAGUCGUCGAACAAUUAGGCUGCAAACACGUGAAGGGUAUCUUGUUGUAUGGACCUCCCGGUACCGGUAAGACCCUCAUGGCCCGUCAGAUCGGAAAGAUGUUAAACGCUCGUGAACCCAAGAUCGUGAACGGUCCGCAAAUCUUGGACAAAUAUGUGGGUGAGAGCGAGGCCAACAUUCGACGGCUGUUCGCUGAUGCCGAAGAGGAAGAGAAAAGGUGUGGACCAAACAGUGGUCUCCAUAUUAUCAUCUUUGAUGAAAUCGACGCCAUUUGCAAAGCGAGAGGUUCUGUUGGAGGGAACACCGGUGUCCAUGAUACCGUAGUCAACCAGCUGCUGUCUAAGAUCGAUGGUGUGGACCAAUUGAACAACAUCCUUGUGAUCGGUAUGACGAAUCGUCGUGAUAUGAUUGACGAGGCUCUCAUGCGACCCGGUCGUCUCGAAGUCCAGAUGGAAAUCGGUCUGCCCGACGAGACCGGCCGAGUACAGAUCUUGAAUAUUCACACCAAGCGGAUGAAAGAGUACAAGAAGAUUGCUGAUGAUGUUGACAGCAAGGAACUGGCAGCCCUCACCAAGAACUUCUCCGGUGCAGAACUGGAAGGUUUAGUGCGAGCUGCUCAGUCAACAGCCAUGAACCGUUUGAUCAAAGCUUCAAGCAAAGUUGAGGUCGACCCCGAAGCCAUGGAGAAGCUCAUGGUUGAGAGGAUGGACUUCUUGCAUGCGUUGGAGAAUGAUAUCAAGCCGGCUUUCGGUACGGCAGCUGAAGCUUUAGAACAUUUCUUGAGCCGUGGUAUCGUGAACUGGGGCAGCCCUGUGUCAUCGCUGCUUGAAGAUGGACAGUUGUAUAUCCAGCAGGCACGCGCUACUGAGGCUAGCGGUUUAGUAUCAGUGCUGUUGGAAGGACCACCAAACAGUGGCAAGACGGCUCUGGCUGCGGAACUUGCGAAGCUCUCAGACUUCCCAUUCGUGAAGGUUUGCUCUCCAGAAGACAUGGUCGGCUUCACCGAGUCGUCCAAAUGUCUGCAGAUCAGAAAGUACUUCGAUGACGCCUACCGUUCAAGCCUGUCUUGCAUCCUGGUGGACAACAUUGAACGUCUUCUGGACUACGGUCCCAUCGGACCUCGGUAUUCUAACCUCACGCUGCAAGCUCUGCUCGUGUUACUGAAGAAACAGCCGCCAAAGGGACGGAAGCUACUCAUCCUUUGCACUAGCAGCCGAAGACAAGUGUUGGAGGACAUGGAGAUGCUGUCCGCGUUUACGGGCGUCCUGCACGUGCCCAACCUGUCGCAGCCGGAGCACGUGAUGGCCGUGCUGGAGAAGAGCGAUGCCUUCACUAAGCGGGACCUGCAGAAGAUACAGCACGAUAUCAGGGGUGCUAGGAUCUUCAUUGGCAUCAAGAAACUGCUAGCUCUAAUCGACAUGGUGAAACAGACUGACGAAGAGUCCCGAGUCUUCAAAUUCCUAACGAAAAUGCAGGAAGAGGGUGGCCUAGAUCUAGGCACUAAUGUACAAUAAGAAUCAUUGCAACCUUAGGGAUUACAUGCGCAUACCACACUUUCGCCCUCACCCGAUCACACUAAUGCACAUAUCUGCACAUCAAAAACCCAUAAUGUUAAAGUGACAGAGAGCUCGCCUUGCGCCUCUGAUCUCCGGAGCUACGAAAUCGAUUACGACGAAGUGAGCGAGUGCACUGAGUCGUUACUCGAUACUAGUCAUAACAAAAUAGGUAUGACCGCUAAAGGCAACGAAAUAUCAUUCGCUAAAAUGCCCCUAAUGAGGAUACGGAGUGUUGAAAUCGUUUUCGAAGAUGAAAUGUCCACGUGUACGGACACCGGCAUUUUGGAUAGGAGCAUAGAGUUGAUAGUGUCUGACAGCAGCGAUGAUUCCACCAAGUGCGUCGAUGAUUUGGAACAUUUACACAUCGAUAAAGACGCAAACUAUGACUCCGUCACGCUUAACGCGGACGGUGACCUAUCAGAUGACAGCUCUGAUUCCCUCGCUAAAGACAUUGUCGAAGACUUCCCUAAAAUGAUUACUCCCCAAAUUAUUUGCUCAGACUUUGACAUAGCUUCACACGUAAUAUGUGAAAGCACGUUAGCAAUUGAUGUAACUUUAUCACCGAAUGUAUCCGAGAUAGGUGAUUCUGGUCGCUUCACCGAAGAAGCUUGCUCAUCUCAUUUCGAAUCUGUUCCCAUCGAAGACGCUUUACUUUCUAACUCAUUUGACGCAAUUAAUGUCGAUAAAACUCCAACGUUGAUGAGCUCAUUCGAAUUGUCUGAUGCCUGCAGCGUCGCAGCCGAGAGUACGGCUCGGUUGUAUGAGUAUAUAGACAGUAACAGUGACAGUUCGGACGACUCUGAUAAUACCGCUACCUGUGACGCAGACACUCCGCUCCAGCAUUUAACGAGCAUCGGUAACAUCGUAUCCCCUGACGACAACUCUCUUGGUGACAGCUACGAUCUCCAGUACGACUCUUUCAUAGACAUGGGCAAAUUUUAAUACUCGAUUACCUAUAAUUAAAACAUGUUUAAACUAUUGCAUUAACUAAUUGUGCUUCUCUGUGGAUAUUUUACUCGUAAAGUUAUAUGAAUUUUAUCAAGUGUAAUACUGAUUGCCGUUUUUGACGUUGUUAAUUAGUUUUGCAUGUUUUUUUUUAAUUACAUAAUGUUCGAAUAAACACAUUCCAAUUGAAUUUAAAGAAGGAUUUGAUUAAAGUAGGUCCUGUUUUGUAUACACCAGGUGGUUAACUUUUAGUGAGCUAUUCUGACACCUAAUAUACCUUCUUUACACAGCUUGUGCACAGAGGGGCUCGGUGGUAUGCGGCUCUCGUAACCAUGUCAUGUCUCUAUAUGUACUUGUAAUAGUUAACUACUCAGUAGUAUUGUUGUAAAUAAUGUAAUGUUUCCAUAGGGCGUGCAAUUUAGUAUUUAUACAGUUAUACGUGAACAAUGACAUGGUUACAGAUAUCCCUGGGUUGUAAGUCUAGGCAAUAGCUCAAUUAUCUACAAUGUAUUAUAUUAUUUUUAAAGAGUGAUUUUUUAUUUAUUUCAAUUUGUUAUUGAAAUUAAAUGCAGCUUGACGCUGUCUAUUGUGUUAAUACUUAAUAGAGAUAUUUUGAUCAAUGUGUAAUAUUAUUAGCUGUAAGGGAAUGAUAUUGAUUAUGUCAAUAAAAUGUGUAGUAUUACGAACACUUGAGAAAUAUUGUUGUUAUAUUCAGUAGGACUCGAAGCUUUGACUUGAGGCAUUAGUACAAUUAAAGUUAUAAGUACUUACCUGCACUUGUAGUAAAUUUUACAGUCAAUUAAGACACUACGAAUAUAUCAGACUAAUCAGAUUGUUACAAGAUACUUGAGAAAUAUAAGCAAUUCUACAUGAAUGUUAUGUAGAUGAUUAUAACAAAUAUAUGUAGUGCAUAAAGUAAACGUGGCAGUAUCGUUUAUAAAUUAUAACUAUCUCAUAUUAAACUAACCAUAGCUAUAACGUUGUUGCUAUACAUUAGUAGUUAUUUAUUGUUACAUUCUACAGGUUAGAUUGAAUUGUUACAUCUUUGUGUAGGAUACAACAUUCCACUCAUACAUUUAAAACUGUUUCUGUGUAGAAAUGUGGUAUAUAAUAUACAUAAUCUCAAUUAUAUGAAGUAAGUUUUGUGGAAAUUUUCUUAUAAAGAUUAUAUCAAGCUUUUAGAUCACUGAUUAGCAUUAGGGCUUCUAAUUAUACUAACUGUGGUCAAAUUUCUUCUAUGUCUAAUAAAAUAUAUAAAUUAUGUGGAAUUAUUAUCAAUGAUAUGACAUAGCUUCUGAAAAUAAUGAACCAACUCACAAUUACUUGCAAAAUUAUUGUUAUCUUAUCAUAAAGAUGCUUGAUGAUCUAAGUGAAUGUUUUGAAUCCAAGUAUUGAUUAAGAAUACUAUAAAUUGUUUAUGUGUGAUACUAGAAAAAAAAUGUUAAUUCUUUCUCUUUGAGUCUGUUAAAACUAUAUGAAAAAUGGUUAAAGAUCUAUUUUCAUAGUAAAUGACAACUACAGUGAAAAUACAAUAGUGGUUAAUAUGAUUGAUUGCUUUUUAAGUAUAUAGAACAUUGCUUACAGUGGCUGUGUCAUAUAUCAUGUAAGCUUUAUUGUUGAUGAAAAUAAAGUAAAUGACAAC